UAUUUUACAUACAUAUAUACAUAGGCGACAAUCCCAAUCUCAAUCUGAUUGCUGCUGUUAUCUGCUGUAACAUAAUAUCUCUCUCUCCCUGCUCAGCCCACAGGCACAGCACAAACCAAAAGCCUUUCUCUGUCAUAAUCUAAUUUGUUGUUGACAGAUCUCUUGUUUUGGUUUGCAUUUUUUCUUCUCAAGAUUUUAAAAUACAAAGCUCCAAUCUUUCAACUCUAAUGGAGGAUCGUAAGGAGAAGAACGCGCCGUGGCUAUCAGUGCCCCAGUUUGGGGACUGGGACCAGAAGGGUCAAGUGCCUGACUACUCUCUCGAUUUCUCAAAAAUCAGGGAAAUGAGGAAGCAAAACAAGAGGGAUGUAUCCCGAGCAAGUCUUGGAAAUGAGGAAGAGCUCAUUGCCCCAACUACCACCACCAGUACAAACACAUCCCACAGUGAUCACCACCACCCUCAUUACCACGAGAACCAUCACUCUCCAUCUCCAAGACGCAGUUUUUUCAGCUACUUCAAUUGUUGUGUGAAAGCUUAAAACCAACUACAUGCAAAGGUGAAGCUGUGAAAGAUUACUUUUUUAUUUCCAGUUGUAUGCUCUUCUCCUUCUCAUUUUAUUUUUAGAAAAAAGAAAAAGCAAAAACAAAAUCCAAAAAAACUUUUUAUUUUUAUUUUUUUACCUAUCAGUAAUACUAUUCCACAAUAUGUAAUGUCCUUUAAUCAGUUGAAUAUAGAUUUGGUAAUGUAUUAAUGGAUUCCCCCGAGUACUGGAUUUUGUUUGGGACCUUGGGUUUGUGCUUUGCUGACGCUAUAGCGUUAUAGCAUAUAAUAUUAGGCUUGUAAAUUAUUCGAUCUUUGAGCAGAAAGAUGUUUUACGAUUA